UUUAUAUUAAGUGUAAACUAACAGUUUACACUUAAUAUGGUAUUCAAUUUUUAUGGUAACGGUUGGAGAUACUUACCAACCAAAACGUCGUGUUUAACUUUGUUUAAAUUAAUGACAAUGCAAAUUCGACAAUUAGAUAUUACUUCUCCAUUGUCUGCCACCUUCAAAACCAAUAUCAUUUUAAUAAAACGCAAUAAUUCUUCAAAAAUAGUAAAAGCAAAAUUUAUUAAAAAUGUCCUUAAAUGAAAUGAAAUCCAAUAAAAUUAUCUUAUAACUACUCUAAUAAAACUUUUCGAUUUCCUUUUUUUAAAAACUCUUUUAAAAUUUCAUCUGGCGACAAUGACUUUGUUAGACCACUUUCAAUACUAAGAGUGGUUAGUGCUAAAGAAUUAAAUCGAUCCUGACCCAUCGUUGACCUAAACCAAUUUUUAAUUCUUCUCAUUGAGAAAGAGCGUUCGCAGGACGCUAAAGAAAUUGGCAAAACUAAUGCUAUUUGCAUAAGGGUAUAUGCAUUUGGAAAAGUCUCUUUUCUUAAUACAUCUUUAAUAUCAGAAAUGGUAAUGUUGUGGCUCUGGCUUUUAUUUAUGCAAUUCCCAAUAACGGUCAUUUCAGCUUUUAAUAGCUCCCUAUCGAUUAAAAAGGUAUCUCAGAUUUAGCUAAUUUCUGACUUUCGAAAGAAAAUCUUAUUUUUAGAUGAUUUAUUAUAUUGUCGAGAGACCUAUAAUAAAUUGAAAUUAGCCAAAACUUUUGUGCCUCAUUUUUUAUCAAAGGUGAAUUUAAGAACGUUUCUUCGUGUACUGCGGAAGUGGAAGCUUCAACCACAUAUUCUUUAAGUCUUAUACUUUCUGUUUUUUUACGUUUUAAACAAUUUUUUUGGGGGGGCUAAUUUCAUUUUAAAGAAGGCUAAGCCCCCCCAAGCCUCCCCCUAACUUUGCCCAUGCGUGCAAUGUCAUCGCGAUACUAGAAAAAAACGUGUUAAGUCAGGAAAAAACGUGUUGGGUUGAGAAAAUUAUAUUGUUUUUUUAAGCUCGUAGGUCAGUCUGCCGAUUAUUUUAACUGAGUGAACAUGGCGAGUGACACUAGUGGUGACGAAUUAGAUAAAAAAAUAUGUGGACUAUCUAAAAAACGUAAAAUAACUGGUCGUAUGUCUGAUGUUUCAAAAAAAAUACGCUUACAGAGUCAUGAAGUAGGGCCAGACUGUCAUUGUAAGCGAUUUCAGUGCUUUGAAAAAGUUUUACCUAAUGUACGGGCUAAAAUUAUUAAACAUUUUAAUGAGUUAGGUUCUUGGGAUGAACAAAGUGCCUAUCUGUGUGGCCUUAUUCUUCUAAGUCCUGUUUUCCAACGAAGAAAUCGUCGCCCAGAAGAAGAAAGUCACUUCCGGCAGGCUAGUUACUUUUAUAAGGUAAGAGUGCUACGUAAUGAAGGAACAGUCGACAUUCCAGUAUGCCUUAAGGCAUUUUGUUCACUUCAUGGAAUUACACGAAGAAGAGUUCAGACUAUUCACACUUCACUUCUAGUCAAAGGAGUUGCUCCUAAGGACAACAGGGGGAAACAAUCCUAUAAACAUCGUGCACUUAAAGAAGAUAUAAAAAACUGUGUUAUUUCUCAUAUUCGUUCGUUUAAGGGUAGGUCUAGUCAUUAUAGCAAUAAAAAGUCAAAGAAAAUUUACUUACCUGAAGAUUUGAACAUUCGCAAAAUGCACUCAAUGUGUAAAUUAAAACAUCCAGAUAAAUCUGUGUCUUACGAAACUUACAGAACUAUUUUUUCGACUGAUUUUAAUAUCAGUUUUGGAUAUCCCCGCUCUGACACCUGUUCCAAGUGCGAUGAAUUCAAUGCUAGAUUAAAGUCGCUCAAUUUAAGGCUUACCCAAAACAUCACUUUGGAAAUAAAAGAGUUCCUAAAUCGCAAAAUAAGAAAGCUUACAUUAGAGAAAGAACUUCAUAAGAAAAAAACAGAAGCCUUUUAUGCUAGGAAGAGACAAGCUCGACUUCAAAGUAGGAAAUCAAUAGAGAUAGAAGCGGUGGCCAUGGACUACCAAAAAAACUUACCAGUCCCGAACAUAACGACUAAUGACGUCUAUUAUAAGCGUCAAUUAUCUUUUUAUUCUUUUAACAUCCAUAGACUUUCAGAUGCUGAUUCAGUAUUUUAUACCUAUUCAGAAGAAGUAGCUAAGAAGGGUUCUAAUGAGGUAUGUUCUUUUUUAGAAGAUUAUGUUACUCAUCAUCUUCCUAGUAGCGUUAAGAUUUUAAUAAUUUUUUGCGACUCUUGUGGAGGACAAAAUAAGAACUUUACAGUGUUUCGCUAUUUGCACUACCUGGUCCACCAAAAAAAGAGGUUUCAAACUAUCAAAGUUGUAUUUCCGAUUAGGGGCCACUCAUUUAUGGAGUGUGACAAAAAUAUGGGUAUAAUUAACUGCAAAUCCAAGACCGAACUACCUUCAGACUGGGUUCGGGUUUUCAAGGAAGCUAGAGUUAAACCAACACCUUAUAAAAUAGAAGAAGUUAACGACAGCCUUAUAAGAGACUGGAGUGCAUUUUUGUCUCCUUUGUAUGUAAAGAAGUGUCCGUUUUUGAGUCGACCAAUAAGAGAGUUGGAAGUCACUGUGAAUCAUCCAAGAAUGAUUCUUCAUCGUGAAACCUAUAAUGGAUCUUGGACUACUUCCAUCGUAACUAAACCAGUCUCCAAACUCAUACGAGGCCCACCUUUAUCUGAAAAGGAGUUUCACUAUCCACCACGAGCUUAUAAUGGUAAAUUUCCUAUUUCAAGAGAAAAAUACAAAGAUCUACAGCAACUGAAAAAAUUUUGUGACGAGAGCACGUUUUCCUUUUACGACAAUCUUCCUGUACUACCCGCAAAGAAAAUCCCUAAAAUGAACAGAAGAGAAAAGCCCGUUAAAACAACAAAAAAUAAGCGCUAAACACCAAUAUAGUAAAUACGGUAACAUUUAAAACAAAGUGACUUUGCACGUUUUUUUCCUGUUUUUUUUGUACUUUGGUUGGUUUUGUAAUAAAAUUUAAAAAACUAAUUGAUAUUUUUUAAUUUCAUUACAUAAUUUAAAAAGCUAGUAUACGGUAUAAUAAUUGUUUCCAAAAUCAAAAUUUAAACAAAAUUUAUAGCGUUUUCAAAUUUAAAAUUUUAUUUUCUCAAAUUCAAUUAAUAGUGACUUUGCACGUUUUUUCCCUGUGGUCUUCAAAUGUUAAAAAUCGGAGAUACCUAUAGUCGACUAUAGAACCGAAGUUUUAUUUGAGACCUUAGGACGCGCCAAAUAUUAAAUCAUAAUUUUUCCAAAACAAAAGCAAAAUAUGACCCGAAAAAAAAAUCUACCGCACCAAAGUCCGGCAACGUCGCCGUCCAUUCAAAGGAAUUCGCGAAGCAAGUCAUAUUUUCAUUCGCCUUGGAAUGGCAGCGCGCAGCUUUUGGAAGUAAACAAAUCCGAUUUCGGGUCAAAUUUCGGGCGAAAACUGGCGCAAAAAACCGCUGCCAAAAGCGACGCAUCCCGACAAUUUCGAAAAACAAGAAACCUAAACGGUCCCACGCAAAGAAAAUCCGAUUUAAAUGCGACGUUCGUACGUAUAUACGUACGGAUGAGGUCACGUUAUACGGUGAUAUCACAUGUUAGUUAUAACGUGUUUAUUUUGCAAAAAACGCCAUUUAAACGGGGUUUUCGCUAUUAUUUAGCAUAGCCCAUACAUUAAACUAGCAGUAGAGACGCUUACCUUCAUCCAGAAGUCGUUCUACAUGUAGAAACACAUUGGGAAAAGCGGCCAGUU